CAAUUUGCUCCUUACCACACACUCCCUUCUCAAAGGGACACCCUUGCUACAGACUAAGGAGCCUUCCCCUUCUUUCCUAUCACUCCCUAUCUUCCAUCUCUCACCUCUCUGCUGGUCCCUACUUGCGUGCGAGGCACUUCAGCUGAAACUGUUGUUGCAGCCACAGAGCGAAUUGUCUCCAGUGCAGGAAGGAGGGUGAGGUUUGUCUUUGAGGUUGUGGAAGGGGGUUAUGGCAUUGGCAACCAAGAGCUGCUUGGUUUCUCCCUUGCUGGCUGAAAAAAGACCUACCGUUGCUGCCUCGUCAUCGAUCAAUUCGGUCACCGCCUCCAGCGCGCAUAAUCGGCUGUCAUUGUGCACCAAGCUCAGAUUGACUGACCAUCUUCGCUACUCGGAAGUAUUUGGGAUCAAGGUCAGAAGCUUAAAAAAGAAUGGAUGGAGGUCCUGCAGGAAUUCUCAAGGCUCCGGAUGGUGUAUGAAACUGGUGGCGAGUGCGGUCAAAGACGCCAGGCAGUAUGAGGUGGCGAACUUGGACGAUAUUUUAGCAGAACGCGAUGCUUGUGGAGUUGGAUACAUAGCCAGCUUAAAGAAUGAGGCUUCUCACAAGAUUGUUAAGGAUGCACUCACAUCUCUCGGCUGCAUGGAGCACCGAGGUGGGUGUGGCGCUGAUAAUGAUUCGGGAGACGGAGCUGGAGUGAUGACAAGUAUUCCAUGGGGUCUCUUCAAGAAAUGGUGCAAGGAACAAGGCUUGCCAGAAAUUGAUGAGUCCCACUCUGCCGUCGGCCAGGUCUUCCUUCCCAGAGACGAAUCCUUGGCAGCAGCUGCUAAAGCAGUUGUGGAGGAUGUUUUCAAGAAGGAAGGAGUUGAAGUCCUUGCCUGGCGUCCAGUCCCCGUCACUGAGUCCGUUGUAGGGCACUUUGCCAAGAUCACUAUGCCAAGGAUCGAGCAGGUGUUUGUAAAGGUAGCUGCCGAAGAUGCCAUGGACGAUAUAGAGCGGGAACUAUAUAUUUCUCGAAAGUUAAUUGAGAAGGCCGCCUCCACAGAGCCAUGGGGUGAAGAUUUUUACUUCUGCUCGUUGUCCAGUCGGACCAUCGUUUACAAAGGAAUGUUACGGUCUGAAGUGGUUGGGCAGUUCUACGAUGAUCUCCGUAACGAGGACUAUGUUACUCCUUUUGCCAUAUAUCAUCGUCGGUUUAGUACCAACACCACUCCCAAAUGGCCUCUUGCACAGCCCAUGAGAUUCUUGGGCCACAACGGAGAGAUCAACACAUUACAAGGGAACUUGAACUGGAUGCGAUCGCGUGAGGCUACCAUGGAGUCUCCAAUUUGGCGAGGUCGUGACAACGAGCUUCGUCCAUUUGGAAACAUCAAGGCAUCAGACUCUGCAAAUUUGGAUAUGAUAGCAGAGUUGUUGAUGCGAAGUGGGUACAGCCCAGAGGAAACUAUGAUGAUGAUGGUUCCUGAAGCUUACAAGAAACACCCUACGUUGAUGGUAAAGUACCCGGAGGUUGUGGACUUCUAUGAAUACUACAAGGGCCAGAUGGAAGCUUGGGAUGGACCUGCUUUGCUUCUCUUUAGUAAUGGAAGAACAGUGGGUGCAUGUCUGGAUCGAAAUGGUCUUAGACCCGCUCGGUACUGGCGGACAAAGGACGAUCUCAUUUAUGUAGCUUCGGAAGUUGGAGUUCUUGAUAUCGAACCUUCAAACGUGACAAUGAAAGGCCGAUUGGGCCCAGGAAUGAUGAUCUGCGUUAACCUGGAAACUGGAGAGGUUUAUGAAAACACUGAGGUUAAGAAACGUGUUGCAAAUGCGAAACCAUAUGGAGAGUGGUUGAAGGCAGGGAGCCAAAAGUUGGAGCCCGUAGAAUUCAAGGACAUGGUUAUGUACAGCGCUGACAACUUAUUGAAGCAUCAGCAGGCUUUCGGUUACUCAAUUGAAGACGUUCAGAUGAUAAUAGAGAGCAUGGCUUCAACUGGAAAAGAACCUACAUUCUGCAUGGGAGAUGAUACUCCAUUGGCUGUUCUCUCAGAGAAGGCGCAUUUACUGUAUGAUUACUUCAAGCAGCGCUUUGCUCAGGUUACAAAUCCUGCAAUUGAUUCUCUGAGAGAAGGACUGGUUAUGUCUUUGGAAAUGAACCUGGGCAAGCGGGCGAAUCUUUUGAACGCUGGUUCCGAGAACGCAGCUCAGGUCACUCUGUCUGAUCCUAUUUUGAGCGAGGGUGAGCUCGCUUCCCUUGAAGCUUCGGAGUUACUGAAACCAACAAUUCUACCAACAUUUUUCGAAAUUGAUGAUGGAAUUGAGGGGUCUCUUCAAAGAGGGUUGGACAAACUCUGUGAAGCUGCAGACGAGGCAGUCCGAUCCGGUUCCCAGUUGUUGAUCCUCAGUGAUCGAACUACUAAUAUGGAAGCUACAAAGCCGGCCAUUCCAGUGCUACUGGCAGUAGGCGCAGUUCAUCACCAUCUUAUUUCUAAUGGUUUGAGAAUGUCAGCGUCCAUAGUUGUUGACACCGCUCAGUGUUUCAGCACACACCACUUUGCUUGUCUCAUCGGAUACGGUGCAAGUGCCAUUUGCCCGUACCUUGCUCUUGAGACCUGCCGUCAAUGGAGAAUGAGUCCCAAAACUGUCGCCUUUAUCAAGAACGGAAAGCUUCCAUCUAUCACUGUCGAGCAAACCCAGAAAAAUUUCAAGAAGGCAGUCAAGGCUGGUCUAUUGAAGAUCCUGUCCAAAAUGGGUAUCUCUCUGUUAACAAGUUACCAUGGCGCCCAGAUCUUUGAGAUUUACGGUUUGGGUCAAGAUGUGGUAGACACAGCAUUCCGUGGAAGUACAUCUCGUAUUGGUGGCUUGACCAUGGAUGAGUUGGCCAGAGAGACAGUGUCAUUCUGGUCGAAGGGUUUCACUGAAGAGGCAGCCAAAAAGCUUGAGAAUUUCGGUUUCAUUCAACUUCGACCAGGAGGUGAGUACCAUGGAAACAACCCCGAGAUGUCGAAGCUUUUACACAAAGCGGUUAGAGAGAAAAACCAAAGCGCAUAUGCCGUGUACCAGGAGCACCUUGCUAACCGACCAGUGAAUGUCUUGCGUGACCUUCUCGAGUUCACAAGUGACAGGCAGCCAAUUCCUAUUGACCAGGUUGAAGAUGCAUCCGGCAUCAUGGAGCGAUUCGUGACAGGUGGCAUGUCCCUUGGGGCCAUAUCUCGUGAAACACAUGAAGUUAUCGCCAUAGCCAUGAAUAGAAUAGGUGGCAAGUCGAACUCAGGUGAAGGCGGUGAGGACCCCAUAAGGUGGAAGCAUCUGGAUGAUGUGAAUGACGGCCUAUCGGAAACUCUUCCCCACUUGAAGGGGUUAGAGAACGGCGACAUUGCGUCCAGCGCCAUCAAGCAGAUAGCAUCGGGUCGGUUUGGUGUUACACCAUCCUUCCUGGUCAAUUCAGAGCAACUUGAGAUUAAGAUCGCUCAGGGUGCCAAGCCAGGAGAAGGGGGUCAGCUUCCCGGAAAGAAAGUCAGUCCAUACAUUGCUACACUGAGGAACUCGAAAGCAGGAGUUCCUCUCAUUUCUCCGCCUCCCCAUCAUGAUAUCUACUCUAUUGAAGAUUUGGCUCAAUUGAUCUUCGACCUUCAUCAGAUAGCUCCUCAUGCAAAGGUUUCGGUGAAGUUAGUUGCUGAAGCUGGAAUUGGAACAGUUGCUAGUGGAGUUGCGAAGGCGAAUGCAGAUGUUAUCCAGGUCUCUGGGUUCGAUGGAGGAACGGGAGCUAGCCCCAUCAGCUCGAUUAAGCACGCUGGAGGUCCAUGGGAGCUUGGUCUGGCUGAAACUCACCAGACUCUCUUGGCCAAUUCUCUUCGUGAGAGGGUAGCGCUGCGAGUGGACGGAGGAUUCAAGAGUGGAGUGGAUGUGAUUAUGGCUGCAGCUAUGGGUGCUGAUGAGUAUGGUUUUGGGUCACUUGCUAUGAUAGCUACCGGCUGUGUUAUGGCUCGCAUUUGCCACACGAACAACUGCCCUGUCGGUGUUGCCAGUCAGCGUGAGGAGAUGCGCGCCAAAUUUCCAGGAGUUCCUGCAGAUCUCGUUAAUUACUUCCUCUACGUUGCUGAAGAGGUUCGGGGCAUACUUGCCCAAUUAGGGUACGAAAAACUUGACGACAUCAUUGGAAAGGCCGACAUCUUGAAGCGUCGGGAUGUACAACUUGCCAAGACCAAGUCACUGGACUUAAGCUUCUUGGUGGCGAACACCGGAAUGCCGACCUGGACCAGCACACAAAUUCGCAAGCAGGAAGUACACUCGAAUGGCCCAGUUUUGGACGAUACUAUUCUUGCUGACCUAGAUGUUAUUGAAGCGAUUGAAAACGAGAAGACUAUCGAGAAGACCAUCAAAAUUUAUAACGUAGACCGAGCUGUCGGGGGCCGUGUCAGUGGUAGAAUUGCUAAGAAAUACGGAGAUACUGGCUUUGCAGGGGAAAUCAAGUUGACAUUUGAAGGCAGUGCAGGACAAUCUUUUGGAUGUUUCUUGACUCCUGGCAUGCAUUUGCGCUUGGUUGGUGAAGCAAAUGAUUACGUUGGGAAGGGUAUGGCUGGAGGUAAAAUUGUAAUUUUACCUGUUGAAGGCUCUGGUUUCAAUGCCGAGGAUGCCACUAUAGUCGGCAACACUUGCUUGUAUGGAGCCACAGGAGGGCAGUUAUUUGCGAAUGGGAAAGCAGGUGAACGGUUCGCCGUUCGAAACUCACUUGCCGAAGCUGUAAUUGAAGGAACGGGGGACCAUGCUUGCGAGUACAUGACUGGCGGUUGUAUUGUGGCUAUCGGCAAGGUUGGUCGCAACGUUGCGGCCGGUAUGACUGGAGGCCUUGGGUACUUCUUGGAUGAGGACGACACCUUCCCCAGCAAGGUGAACAAAGAAAUCGUGAAAAUACAACGGGUUACUGCACCAGCUGGACAACAGCAACUCCAGCGCUUACUGCAAUCUCAUCUGGAUGAGACUGGCAGCAAGAAGGCGAAAGAGAUUCUGUCUAAUUGGGAGAAGUUCCUUCCACUUUUCUGGCAACUUGUGCCGCCAAGCGAGGAAGAGACACCUGAAGCCAAUGCCGAUGUGGAAGAUCGGAAGGUCGAGAACCUUGUUGCUCAACCAGCGUAAAGAGCACACCUCUUCUUGCUGUAUUUUAAGUCGUAGAAACCUAGCCAAGUUAUUGGUAACCUAGUUAAGUUUAACAGUUACACAGGUGUUUUUAACACUGGUGUAUCAAACUAGUCUUAAAAACCCCUUCGAUAUUCCCGCAACUCUUCUGUUGCAAGCCAUGCAAUGCUCGUUACUAAGUAGAUCAGAACUAGUGUUUCAUGGCUACUCCUUGAGUGUAGUAUACGAUUUGCACUCUGAUUAGAGUUGCCACAGCAUCUGCUUAGUUGUGGAGUACUGUCAGUAGAACAUUCUGAUAAGUUGAAAAUGUUGUAAAGCUUUACGUUUGUUUGACGCACAACAGGAUGCAGAUUUGUAACUCGGAAAAUCGGCAAUCCCAGAUAUCCAUUUGUCUGAAGCA